AUGCAAGAACUGUCUUACCCACCUAACGUCCACUUGAUUGAUCAAUUGGUUCAUUACUCCGUCAUUGGAACGAACGAACAAAUAAACGAAUCACAACAAAUACUCUCGAAAUUUGCCUCAACAAAGAAUGGGAUUCGUUCUGUCUAUGAAAUCCUGUCGAAGUCGUCCAAUCAGUUGACUCAUUUGUUUGCUUUUAAUAUUAUCGCAACGACUCUUCAUUCAAAGGAAUUUUUGUACUACCCAGAACAGUGGAAACUCAAACUUUAUCAAUCAAUAGAACGUUGGUACUGCGCGAUCACACAACAAAUGGACAAUAUCUUGACCGACAAAAUUAUUGACAUUUUCACGUACUCCGUAAUACUAAGAAAGGAUGUCUCUGUCAUUCGUGGUGUGAUUCAAAACGGAACUAUUCCAACAGUUUUUGUCCUCAAAACGUUACUGUCUUUCUAUUACAACGAUCCUCAAUUCUUUGCAAAUGCGUCAUCGGAUAUCGCCACAUACUCAAUUACACAUAUACAAGUAUUCCCCGUCGUUGUCUUAAAAUUACUCGAGAAGUCGAUGUCGAAUCUAACACUCCAACAAGUGUUAAAUAUCUCACAACUUGUUUUACCAUAUCUGCAGGCAUAUGAAAGAGAAACGCUUGCAAUGUUAUCAGAGGCGUUUUCUAAAAUUGUUUUACACACUCAAGCAAUGAAACAAGUGCUUGUAGAACAGUUUGAAAAAUUCAAUUAUCAAUUCAAACCCUCCAUCGAAUUGGCAAAUUGCCUCAACUCGAUUCUGCCGGAGGUCUCUGCCCCGCCGAAUCUUUUUAAUUUGAUGCUGACGUGUUUUGGGACACACGGAGCAAUGAAGUAUUUCAAGAGAUAUAUCACAUCAAAUCCACUCACAACGACUUCACACCACUAUUUGUUACUUCAAAAGGUGAUUCAAAUGAUACCAGAACCUCCGAAUGGAUACUUUGUAGUUGACGAUUUUGGAUUUUUCGAGAAUGUUGAAGUUGGAGGUGUUGGGUAUGGGGAAUACGUGGAGUUGUUAGUUGUCUUAUGUGAGACGGGAUGUGGCGAACGACUCAUAGAAAUUCUUUCGAGUUGUUUAGGUGCAGACAAGAAGGUGAACGGCGCGUUGCUCACAAAAACCAUUUGGGCGAUCAGUGGAGUUGCGACGAAGAUCCCAUACAAGACGGAGGCCUUUUUGUUUGUAAAAAGUCUCACGUAUUUGCUCACCCUUUUUAGUGAGUUGCCCGACACCCCACUACGCACGACAAUAGCGAAAGACGUGAUGAUGCUUGUCUCGAAAUACCCGCGCUUCCUUAAACACAAGCCACAGAUACUAGAAAUUGUUUUAAAGAAGAUCUUUGAAUUUUGUGAAGACCCCCGGCUUGAGAUAGAAGUCAUAGCAGUUGGGACGUUUGUGGAAAUAGCGAAGUACUGUGGUGAGGCGAUUGUGAAAGACCCCAAAUGUCUGAAUGUGAUAUAUAGAGGACAUACGUCUGGGAGUAAGUUGUCUGGAGUCCUUCGAGGAGGGUUUUACGAUGGGUUGGCGACGAUAUCGCGGGAGUUUGAAACGAAUGAUCCGAUGUACUAUGAUUACAUAGGUGUGAUUAGUGAACAAGGGAUUACUGGGUUGAAGGAGAGUAAAAUGUAUUGUCAAGAUGAUAUCAACGAAUUUGGGGUGAUGCAGAUUCUGUCGCAUUUAAUAACCGUUUGUCACUUAAUACCGAAGUGCGGCAACACAAACUUCCCUGCAUUUUUGACGGUGGUUGAUUUGUUGAAAUACUAUUACAUCCGUAUUAGUGCAAUUGCGAAGAAAGAGAGUCGAAGUAUCGAAGUCACGCAACCACUCAUGAACUUGAUCAUCUCAUUUUUGGCAAUGACAGUGACGAGAAAUGAAGUGCGAGUUGUGUUGAUUGAAGUUGUCUUUGAAGACAUCAAGUCUAUUCCACUGGAACUCAUUUGUGUCCCAUAUAUCGAGUGUUGCUCACAACUCAUCCAAUUCAGAAAUUCGGAAAUCAUUGUGGAAAAGGUGUUUAAUAAUGUCAUCGCAACGGUAAUGCUCUCAUCAUCAGCUGAACUUCAUGACGCUGUCUUUGAUUUCAUAGUGAGUCAUUACCAGUAUUGUAAUCAACACUACAAUUUGAUCAAAGACGUGAUUUUGAACAUGUUGGUACCUAAACUGUUGUACGGACUGCAACGCGACAAUAUGAAGGCAUGCGCCGCUCUUGAGACUUUGGCGUGUUACAUCAAAUUUGAUAUCUCAAUUGUCCAAACAGUAUUACUCUUGGUGUUACACGGGAAGGACUACAACUCACUCCUCAAAGUCCUUUUGAACUUUAUGGAAAAGUCCCAGGUUGCGUUAGUUGGUGCCAACAUCUCGGUGAAUCUCAAAGUGCUUCAGGAAGAAGCGAUUAAAGUUGUAUCAGUGCUGUAUGACAGUGCAAAGCAGUCGUUAAACUCGUUUACGACGACAAUAAUAUCGAUACAGCUUGUGUAA